AUAAAUAUCAAUGCAAAAAAUGGCGUACACCCAGCGACAAUCAAGUAGUAGCGGGCAAUCUCUUAUUUCUAAAAGCAAACCGAAAAUUGGAGUUGGUUCUAUCGUCUGCAAAGAAGCAGAAAUUCGUGGGGAGGUUAUAAUUGGUUCAAAAACAGUCAUCCAUCCAAAAGCACGCAUAUUGGCUGUACGUGGUCCCAUAAGAAUUGGGGAUGGCAAUUUAAUUGAAGAACAAACGUGCAUUAUAAAUCAAGGUGAUAUUAAUGAUGAAGGUGAUUCUACUGUCAUGGAAAUCGGGAAUAAUAAUUUCUUCGAAGUUGGCAGUCAUUGCGAAGCGAUAAAAGUCGGCAAUAAUAAUAUUUUGGAGUGCAAGUCGAAAGUUGGCCAACAAGUUAUUUUGGGCGAUGGAUGUGUGAUUGGUGCUUGUUGUGAACUGACGACCAAUGAAACUCUACCGGAUAAUACGGUGGUGUUUGGCAAAGACUGUCAGCGGAGGAUGCAGUCUGAACGACCACUCGCGCAAACGUUGCAACUAGAUUUCUUAACCAAAGUGCUGCCUAAUUAUCAUCACUUGCAGAAGAGUUCAAGAAAUUAGAUGACCUUUACUAAUUAGGCCAUACUGAAAGUGUAAAUGGAUAUAAUAUUUAAUUUAUAUAUACAGAAUAUCAUUGUAAUAGGUUGUAACAAUUUUUUUAAAUAUAAUCAUUCAAUUAA